CUCCCAUAGUUCCGUGCGUCCAUGAUGUACUGCGCGCUGCCAUUUUGUUAAUUUCGUCGAAAGUUUUCGGCCACCGGGCGAGUUUUUCCGCGUUUCUCCCGCCUGUUUCUCGCCGAAAUUGGGCCAUUCUGGGUGGCCUUACCCUAGGUCAUGAAUGCCUCUCACACGCAAUGAGCAGAAUUCAUCCCUGAAACCGGAUCUGGAGAUUGGGCCGAGAAAAAGGAGAGCAUCGGGCAACAACCACAGGAAAAGAACAAGGGACGAUCUGUGCGAGUCGGGCGACGAAAACAACAUCGCCAUGGGGGAAGCGCCAAAACGGGCGAACUUUUCGGCACUUAGCCCGUCAAAUAAUGGAUUCACAAGCAGAGCCUCUCCUCUAGCCAACAGCAAACCGGGAAGCUCAAAAAAGCUUGUUAUUAAGAAUUUCAAAGUGAGGCCAGAACUGCCGGAGAACUACCAAGAGCAGACAUGGAUGCGGUUGAAGGAAGCUGUAGAGGCCAUCCACACCAGCCGACCAAUCAAAUAUAGCCUGGAGGAGCUGUAUCAGGCCGUAGAGAACAUGUGCUCCCACAAGAUGUCUGCUGCCCUCUAUGACAAGCUCAAGAUAGUCUGCGAGUCCCAUGUCCGCUCGCAGAUCGGGCAGUACACUGGUGAAAUGCUGGACAGCCUGUCAUAUCUAAAACAGCUAAACACUUGUUGGCUGGACCACUGUAGACAGAUGAUCAUGAUCAGAAGUAUAUUCCUCUUCCUGGACAGAACUUAUGUCCUUCAAAACUCCUUUGUUUCCUCACUCUGGGAUAUGGGCCUGGAUCUGUUCCGCACCCACAUCAUCAGCAACAAGACGGUUCAGGCACGGACGGUGGACGGCCUGCUGCAGCUGAUUGAGAGUGAACGGGGUGGGGACGUGGUGGAUCACAGUCUGCUCAAGAGCCUGCUACGCAUGCUGUCAGACCUGCAGAUCUAUCAGGAAGCCUUUGAGAGGAAGUUCCUAGAGGCCACGGACCGGCUGUAUGCUGCCGAGGGCCGGCAGCUUAUGCAUGAGAGAGACGUCCCUGAAUACUUGGCUCAUGUGGAUCGGAGACUAGAAGAGGAAUCGCAACGAAUCAUGUACUACUUAGAUCACACCACGAGGAAACUGCUAAUAGCCUGUGUAGAAAAGCAACUGCUGGAGACCCAUGUCGGCGUGAUCCUGCAGAAAGGUCUGGAUGAUCUGUUGGAUUUGGACAGGACCCAGGACCUAGCUCUUCUUUACAACCUGUUCCAGCGUACCAAGUCAGGCCUGACAGAGCUCUGCCAAUACUUCAGUGCCUACAUCAAGAAAACAGGCACAACCAUCAUUAUCAAUCCUGAGAAAGACAAAACUAUGGUGCAGGAGCUGCUGGACUUCAAGGACAAGAUGGACAAUAUCAUGACUGAUUGCUUCGCUGACAAUGAAAAGUUCCAGAACACGCUCAAGGAGUCAUUUGAGAGCUUCAUCAACAAGAGGCUGAAUAAGCCUGCCGAGCUAGUCGCCAAGUAUGUUGACAACAAGCUCCGAGCUGGCAACAAGGAAGCCACAGAGGAGGAGCUAGAACGAUUGCUGGACAAAAUAAUGGUCAUCUUCAGGUUCAUCCACGGCAAGGAUGUGUUUGAAGCCUUCUACAAGAAAGACCUAGCCAAGAGAUUACUGGUUGGCAAGAGUGCAUCAGUCGACGCUGAGAAAUCAAUGUUGUCCAAAUUAAAACAAGAAUGCGGUGGAGCCUUCACCAGUAAACUGGAGGGCAUGUUCAAAGACAUGGAGCUGUCUAAGGAUAUCAUGAUUGCCUUCAAGCAGCAUGUGCAGCACCAAAGCAUCCCCGGUAACAUAGACCUAACCGUCAACAUACUAACGAUGGGCUACUGGCCGACGUACACACCCAUGGAGGUACUCUUACCAUCCGAGAUGGUGAAGCUACAAGAAAUCUUCAAACAUUUUUACCUGAGUAAGCACAGCGGUCGCAAGCUGCAAUGGCAGCCCAACCUGGGUCACUGUGUGGUCAAAGCACUGUUCAAGGAGGUCAAAGAAUUACACGUGUCGCUGUUCCAAAGCCUAGUUCUUCUCAUGUUCAAUGAGGGGGAUGACUACUCACUAGAAGACAUUGCCCAGGCUACAGGCAUAGAGGAUACGGAGCUGAGGAGAACACUUCAAUCUUUGGCCUGCGGGAAGGCCCGAGUCAUCACAAAAUUACCCAAGGGGAGAGAUGUGGAAGACGGUGACCGGUUUAGCUUCAAUGGUGACUUCAAGCACAGGUUGUGUCGGAUCAAGAUCAACCAAGUCCAGAUGAAAGAAACGGCGGAGGAGCAGUCCAACACGCAGGAGAGAGUAUUCCAAGACCGUCAAUACCAGAUAGAUGCCGCCAUUGUUCGUAUCAUGAAGAUGCGUAAGACCCUGACCCACACGUUACUGGUGUCGGAGCUGUACAACCAGCUCAAGUUCCCAGUCAAGCCGUCGGCUAAAAAGAGAAUCGAGAGUUUGAUUGACCGGGACUACAUGGAGAGAGACAAAGACAAUCAGAACCAGUAUCACUAUGUGGCCUAGUAGCCUCCUCUCCAGCAGUUGGAUCACAGCUGACCUCAGUAGAGUGGAUUGACUAUAGAUGUAAAUGGACUCCUCCCGUGCAGGUCUUCUUGGUAGCUUUGAUUUGCGGCUUGUGGAGUGAGACUACUUUUGAAAGCUGGACCACACUGCGGUGUUCAAUAGACUUGUCUGCCACCAGUCUGAAUUUUUGUUCUUUCUCAAUGUACAAUGUGCUCGGCUAACCAAUCUGUGUGGUCUACACAUUGAUUUACAUGUACAAAACAACAUAGGGUGUAACACAGCGCAGCCUCCAUUCCAGCCUGACGAAUCUUGGUUGAAUACAACGUAAGCCUUCUCACAAACAGACCCAGAGAGUACAGACUGGUGAAGGAGACCACAUUUUGCACUUGAUUUGUAUAUUGAUAUGCAAACUUGCUUUCCCCAGCCCAUGUUGUUCAUUAUCAGUGACAUUAUUAGUUUUCAUACCAGUAAGGGCCUCUGUAUUAACCAAAUUAAAACAUCCCAUAUAUUUUGUUUUGGUUCGUUGAAAAAUUUGUAAAUGUUUUGCCUUGCUGUUGCUUUUGUUCCAAUGAAUGUAUCUAACUCCAUCUAUUUAAUUAUUACUUGAUUCAGAAGGUAUAUAUAUAAUAUAUAUGCAGUAUUCUGUCGCAUACAGUUAAUAACAAAGCUUGCUUGACAAUGAGUGCCGAAUUUGGGAGAUUCAUAAUGCAGUGGGCCACCUAGAGUUUGCCACAGAGAGUUCAUUUUUCCCAGUACAUUGUGGGAGAUGGUCGACAAAUUCGCAGCGCGGGACAUUUGAAAUUGUCAGUUUUUCCGGUCAGUAGUUUCGCAAGCGUAG